AUGGCCCACACUGCUGAGAUCCCAAAAUUCCCCCUGGCAUCUGGGAACGAUCUCUGUUCAAUAAAUGUCUCAGAUGUGGCCAUAUACAGUGUGACACUGCUCAUCUGCCUCUGUGGGCUGGCUGGGAAUGGGGCUGUCCUCUGGCUCCAGUGCAGGAAAUCCGUCAUUGGCUACAUCUUCAACCAGGCCUUCGACGAAUUUUUCUUCCUCCUCUUCAUGGUCCCCUCCAACCUGCUCUUCCUGCUAGAGGAUGUGUCCUGCUCCAUUAUCAUGCCUCCUGUGUACUUGAGCUUCCUCUUCCAGCUGUCAGUGGUCUCCUACAACAUGGGGCUGUACCGGCUGAUGUUUAUCAACACCAAGAGGUGCAGGUCCAUUCGUUACCAGCUCAGCGGCCACAUUCCCCAGUCCAUGUGGUGGGUGGCAAUGAGAGCCCUGCAGUGGGCUUUCUUCUACGCUGUCAUCGCUCUCAACCCCACCAUCACUUCUCUAUGCCAGACAUAUGAGCACAAACACUGCUGGGGAGCUGUCAUCUCACUGUACACACUCAACUUCUUCCUCUUUGCUGCACCCCUGGCCAUUUCCAGCACAAUCUUCUUCAUUAAGGCCAAGUGUGCCCUCCAGCAGCAGCACCCGGAGAGGCUCGACAUAGUUGUUUUCUUCACUGCACUCUUCAUUCUCCCGGUCAGCAUCUGCAACUUCCUGCAGCAGAUCCAUUACAUGACUGUGUCCUCCCAGGUUGUUCUCCUGCUCAUCUGCAUCCACAGCAGCACCAAACCCUUCAUCUACUUCUUGGCAGGGAAGUGGUUGAGGCACUGCUGGAGUCUCCUCAGGGAUUGCCUCCAGACGAUCUCCAACAAGCCAAAGGAGAGCACUGCCUGCAGCAACGGUGCUGCUAUGGACACAGGGCUCUGA